AUGUCAUACAAUAAUAACAGCAACGAAGCUGAAAAUUAUUUUGAAGAUUUCGAUGCUGCCCCAUUAGAUGAAGAUGCGCCAUAUGAUGAUGAUGAAACAUUUGGUGAUACAGGUCCUCUAAAUGAUGAAUGGGAAAAUCAACAUACUUUAUUAUCAGGAGAACAUGAAUCAUUCUUAACACAAAAUAAAUUAAGAGAACAAUCAGACAUUCAAGAAGGUUAUAGUAAUGGCGUUAAUCAACAUAACGAUGAAGAUGAAGAUGAAGAAGAUUAUAAUACUUACAAACAAUCUAGAUUUACAAAUGGUGGUAGAGAUGUUAGACAUUUUACUCAAUCUUCAACUACUACAACUACAACAACAACUAGUACAACAACUACUAAAACUUCAUUAAAUAAUAAUAAUAUAAAUAAUAAUAAUAUAAAUUUAGAUGAUGAUCAUGGACAAUUGGAUGAUCAUUUAGAAUCAGUAUUUAAGAUUGUGGAUGAUUCAAAAGAUAAUAGUAAUAAUAAUAAUAAUGAUAUUAAUAAAAUAAUGGGAUUAAUGGGUGGUAUUUCAGUCAAUGGUAAUGUUGAUAGUGAGGGAUUAUCAAGUAAAGGAUUAUCAUUAUCAGAUAUUGAAGCAAAAUUGUUUGAACAACAACAACAACAAAAAUUACAACAACAACAACAACAACAACAACAACAACAACAACAACAACAACAACAACAACAACAACAACAACAACAACAACAACUUGAUACAACAACAAAUAAUACAAUAACAACACCAAAUACAACACCAACUAAAAAUAAUAUAAAAAAUAGUUCACCAAGAACUUCAAAUGCAAAUGUACACAAUAAUAAUACUAAUAAUAAUAAUAAUAUUAAUAAUAAUAUUAAUAUUAAUAAUAACAAUAAUAUAAAUAAUAAUAAUAUAAAUAAUAAUAAUAAUAAUAAUAACAAUAAUAAUAGAUAUCCAAGAUCAUUAACUUUAGGUGAUAUGAUUGUUGGUGGAAAACAACAAAAUCAACAACCAAAUCAAUCACCAAAAAAAUAUAUAAAUAAAAAUCAAAUUAAAAAUUCUGGUGAUAAAAAAUAUAUGACUGCUGAAGAAAUUCAAACAAUUAAUAGAUUACAAGCUUAUCAAAUUCAUUUUACAAAUCCAUUUAUUGAAGAUUAUUAUUAUCAAAGAUAUAAAAUUAAACAAUUAGGACCAACUCAUAGUCAUACACCAAUUUGUGAUUCAACACCAAAAACAACACCAUCACCAAAGAAACCAAUUGGUAAUUCAACAGAUCCAUUGACAGGAGCAUUAGGUAGAAUUCCAUCACAUUCAAUUAGAGCACCAAGACAAAUAUUACAAGUUAUUCUUAGUGAAGAGAAUGGUGGUUUACCAACAGAGGAAAAGAAUCAAAAUAGUGAUCCAACCAUUAAAUUAAUUAUUGAAUCUGCUUAUAAUCAUAUUUUAGAUUUAGAAGAUAUUAAAGAAUUGAUUGCAAACACUACCGACCAAACAUUAUUACAAGAGUAUCAAAGUAAACAAGAACCAGUCUCAAAGGAACUCUUCAAAUCAUUAUAUCUCGACCCAUUCCCAUCAUUUAAAUUUGAAUCACCAACAUUACCAACUCAAGAACCAAAUCAAAAAUGGCCAUCCGUUUGUCAUGAGGAUCUAUUGUUUGUAUCGUUAUGGGUAUUUGCCAAGGGUAGAAAACUCUUGAAAAGAGCAUUCCCAUUGUUGAAUGAUAAGCAAUCGCUCUCUGGUCUCUUUGCAGUCUGUAGAAAUCUUCCAUUGCUCUUGUUGCUCCAUUUACCAGAGGGUUCUGAACAAUCGACUGAGGCUAUCUAUAAAACCGUUUGUAAAUGGAUUAUGGAAGUACCAAUUAAAUUCUUUAUCCUUGGUUUCCACUUUUUAGUAAACUUUAACCAAUCGAAAUUCAUCGUUAAAUUAUUCCAAACCAAUGAAGGUCUUCAAGUGAUUAAUACAUUUUUAACAAGAGGUUUCUUAAUUUAUGAUCAAAUGUAUUUAUCUCAAAAUCAAUUAGCACUUGAUCCAAUGGACCUUGAACAAUGGAGAGAUGUUUUCGAUCGUUUCUUUCAAAGAAUUACUGGUAGUUUUCAAAUUAUCUUUCCUUAUACUCAACAACCAACUUUAGAAUUAACUCAAAUAUUUCAAUUAUUAAUUGGUCAUUGUAAUGAACAACAAACUCAAAUUUUUCAUUUAGAAUUAGGUAAUAUUCAACAAAAACAACAACAACAAAAACAACAACAACAACAAUUCCAUCAUCAACAACCACAACAAUUCCACCAACAACAACAACAACAAUUUAAUCAACAACAACAAUUCCAACAACCACAACAAUUCCAACAACAACAACAACAACAACUACAACAACAAUUUCAUCAACAACCACAACAAUUUCAACAACAAAUGAAUCGUUAA